AUCAGUCGGCAUGGCAUCCGAUGCUUCAACCCUCAUGACUUGCAACAAGUCAGCGAAGACUAUCAGAUUUCUCAGGCGAUUGUGAUCCCUGCCAAUGUGGCUACUGUUGUUACCUCGGGUCAGUGCGGGUUCAAAGGGGAUGGCAGCUUGGAACAAGAUCCACAGAAGCAAAUCAUCCUCGCCUUUUCCAACGCAGAGAAAGCCCUUCAAGCUGUAGGCGUUGAGGAUGGUUGGAAGUCUGUCUAUAACAUGACGACCUACUGUCCAUCGUUUGAUGACACAUUCUUGGCCUUGUUCAUGCCAGUCAGAGCAAAGUAUCUCGGAACGAACAGGCCCGCGUGGACCGGGGUGGCAGUAUCUGGACUGGCUGAUGGAGCGGUAUUGGAAAUGACUCUUUACGCUGCGAUCUUGCCCAAAAGUACUUGA